UGGACGGCGGAGGAAGAUCGGAUUCUGAGAGAACAGGUAAUGUCACAAGGUAUGAAGACAACUUCCCUCGGUGAUGAUUCCGAGGAUCGUGCUUAUAUAGGUGUGUCCACGGUAGUGAACGCGGUGGGAUCGGUCAAGGAUUGGAAUGCGAUUGCAGCCAGGCUGGGUUCCAGGACCAACAAGGACUGUCGCAAACGCUGGAGCAAGCUUGAAGGUAAUGUGAACAAGGGCGUCUGGAGCCCGGAUGAGGACGGUCGGCUUCGCAGGGCCGUGGAACAGUAUGGAUUUGCCUGGACGGUAGUGGCCCAGGAUGUCCAGACUCGGCAUGCAGACCAAUGUGCGAAGCGAUGGUAUCAUUUCCUGGAUCCCAUUCUCAUCCACGACGGAUGGACAGCAGCGGAAGAUGCACGCCUUAUUGAGGCCGUUGUGGCAUAUGGACGUACGUGGCGCGUGAUCAGUGAGAAAGAAUUUCCUCGGAGGUCGGUCACAGAUAUCAAAAAUAGG